AUGGAUGAAUACACUUUUAAUAGCGAUUUUGAAAAAUCAAGAAGCAACACCCCAAACGUCGAUGAGCAUUUAAUUAAUGACAACGGUAAUAAUGACGACGAACUAUAUGAACAAUUUGUUAGAGAAUCCAAUGCAUUGAGAAUAAGAGAGGAAGCGCAGGAGACACAGCAGACGCAGGAAGAGUUCCAACGAGAACUGGAAGACACAAUACACGAUAUAUUACGAGAUAUAGAUAGCGGGCUGCAGAAUAGUUCAAAUACCCAACAUCGUAUUGUGAUUACUGCCAAUACCAACAAUAAUGAAAUAAUCGAAUUGAAUAAUGAUAAUUUGCAUAAUGUUAAUAAUCAUCCACUUAACGUACAUAACAGACGCUCGCCUUUCGAAGGUGAAAGAAGACCAUUUCUAAGAACUUUUCUACGAAAUCUAUUAGUAUUAGAUUAUUUUGUCAUACUAUUAUUAUUUCCAUUUUCAUUAUAUAACAUUUUGAAAAGUGGAUUCAGUAUAAUGACAUUCUCUGAGAAUGAUUUUGUUCAAGAAAUGCUUUAUUAUUUAAGUGAUGUUCAAGUGUUCAGCGAGAACUAUAAAUCAUUGCUAAUUUAUAAAGAAAUAAAUUUGGGAUUACUUGGAAAAUUCCAUAAUAUAAUGAUCUAUUAUUCAUCACCGUUGAUUACAACUGUAAUGUCAUUUUUGAAGAGACAUGCACAUAAAGUAUUUACAAACAAAGCGAUAAACAUGAAUUUCAAAAUCCUGAUAAUGAAUGUAUACUCUAAGAGUAUUAAGAUGAUUACACUCACAAUGUAUUUUAUAUAUGGAUUUGGAGGUACAAUAUAUUUAUUAGCAGCUGGAUUUUUUUUCUUAUUAUGUUUUACAAUUUCAGUAGUAAGAAGGUACAAAGGCGUGCAUAGAAUAAUCUCCAAGAGUGUAGAGAGUGUAUCGCAUUUGCCAGGCGUCUUUUAA